UUAGAUUUAGAUCUGGGCUACUAAAAAGAAACGAAUCUCGAACCAUAGUUCGGCUUCAAUGGCAACCGCUCUUUCCUACGAUUAUAAAUAAAGAUUUCAUUAUAUCAUUUAAAAAUCUGGAUACCGUGCAAGGACCUUCUGUAUAAACUUCCUUGUAAUUUUGUGAAGUGUAGACCCCCAUAACAUUUGAUCUGAAAACCUCCCUGCGUUAGACCUCCACUCUAGAUCUACAUCUAGAUCUAGAUCUUGUAUGACAUGAUGAGCGGUCUCGCUUCAGCAGCCUGGCUUACGACCGUUGCUUUCUUGUGGGGUGCCACGAACCCGUUACUAAAACGUAACAGUAAAGGAGUGGAGAAAAUCCAGAAAAAUGGGAAAAUUUCUCAGUUCAUUGCAGAGUUCAAAUUCCUCUUCUUGAAUUGGAAGUAUCUCUUGUCGUUUCUGCUGAAUCAGUCAGGAUCAGUGGUGUACUACAUCACACUUGCCUCAGCAGAUUUGACUCUGGCUGUACCAAUCACAAACUCGUUGACCUUCAUAUUCACCGCCCUGUCAUCCCAAGUGCUUGGAGAGAAGAAUCUUAACUGGGAGACUCUGUGUGGGAUGGUUCUUGUUGUAGCUGGUGUGCUCCUGUGUGUGCUCAGCAAAACAGAGCUGGAGGAGCAAACAUCACACACUGCUGAGCUCUGACAGGAUGACAAAGUAGAAGGAAAUUACAGCUUGUUCACUUUUGUCUGACUAUAAAAAAUCAAAUCGCUCUGUUUAAUCUUUUCAGAUCUUUGCAUUGUGUCUAAAAGUCAGAUGACCAACAAAAUCUAAAAGCCCAUUCAUAAAGGUCACUGCAAACUAAGCUUCCGACACAUUUUCUUUGAUGUAAGC